ACUGAGUUCCGUGCGCAUCGCGAUGUAUUACUACUGCUUUGAACCUGGCCCAGACCGGCCGAUCAGUUUUAUCAGCAAGUUAUUCUUUGUUUGGAGGCGAUAACAGUGUUUUGAAUUUAGAUAAUUUAGCCUUCCAGAAUGAUACCGAAAUCAAGAAUUGCAUCGUUGAUGCGAACCGUUGCCAAUGGGUCUUGCGGUUGUCCCGCCCACUCCAGGUCAUCAACAGGAUCGUCGAACAUUUCCACCGAAAAGGAGUAUGCCUUUGAGAUGUCCUCCUCAACCAUCCGGUACGGCCCGGGGGUCACCAAAGAGCUUGGCCAUGACCUGCAAAACUUGAACGUCAAACGCGCCUGCAUCGUAACGGACAAGAACGUGCUGAAGCUGCCCUCGGUACAGGUCGCGUUCGAUUCGCUAGCCCGUGCUGGUAUCCAGUUCGAGGUGUACGACGAGACCCGGGUUGAACCCACGGACGGUAGCUUGAUCCGGGCGGCUGAAUACGCUCGCAAACACGAUUUUGAUGGGUUCGUUGCCAUCGGGGGUGGUUCCGUCAUUGAUACGUGCAAAGCGGCCAAUCUGUUCAGCGCCGAUCGCGAGGCGGAGUUUCUGGACUACGUAAAUGCUCCAAUUGGGAAGGCGAAAGAAGUUAGCGUCAAGUUGAAACCGCUGAUCGCGGUGCCUACCACGGCGGGGACCGGCUCCGAAACUACCGGAGUGGCGAUCUUCGACUACAAAGAACUGCACGCCAAGACGGGAAUAUCCAGUAAGUUUCUAAGACCCACGUUGGGCCUGGUAGACCCACUGCAUACCCUGUCCCAACCGGAGAAAGUCGCCGCGUAUUGCGGGUUCGACGUGUUCUGCCACGCCCUGGAAAGCUUCACGGCGGUUCAGUACACCGAACGUGGACCGGCUCCGAGUAAUCCAAAGCUUCGACCUCCCUACCAGGGCAGCAACCCGAUAUCGGACGUUUGGGCACGGUUUGCGCUCAAGAUCAUCCGCGAUCACUUCCGGUCGGCGGUGUUCAACGCGGAUGACUUCAAGGCUCGAUCGAGCAUGCACUUGGCUUCGACUAUGGCUGGAGUCGGUUUUGGGAAUGCUGGAGUUCAUCUGUGCCACGGACUGUCCUAUCCGAUUUCGGGCUGUGUGAAAAAGUUUGUUCCCCGUGGGUACGACGCGGAUCAUCCGAUCAUUCCGCACGGACUGUCGGUGGUCAUGACGGCACCGGCCGUGUUCCAGUUCACCGGAGGGUCCUGCCCGGAUCGGCACUUGGAAGCGGCAGAGAUUCUUGGAGCCGAUGUCUCAAAAGCCAAACGAGAGGAUGCUGGAGCGAUCCUGGCGGAUGUCGUGAGAAAGUACAUGUACGAUCUGAAGGUGGAGAACGGAUUGACGGCGCUCGGCUUCGAAAGGUUGGACAUUCCAGCUUUGGUUGAAGGAACGCUGCCACAGGAACGUAUUACGAAACUAGCUCCGCGAGCUCAGACGAAGGAAGAUUUGACAGAGCUGUUUGAAAAUUCAAUGACGAUCUAUUGAGAUAUUAUUAUUUACUUUAAAGUUGUUUAUUUUUUAAUAAAUUUCAUUCAAUA